AUGAGUCCAACUUCGGAUGACGAGUCGGUCGAUUGCUCAUCUCUCCUCACGAGGCGAGUUGGUAGGAGCCACGUCGUCCUCCCAAACGACACAGGAGUUGAAACUGAUCGUACGAGUAACCACCAGUGGACAUCACCGGAGCUGUCAGACGCGGAGUACGGGGCGAGCGCUCUUCCACCACCCACCAUCGAGUGCUCUGAAGACGGUGAUAGUAUAGCCGGUGGUUACGUAUACAGGCCGGGGAUGACGAUGGCCAAGCGAACGCAGCGACGUUACCGUACGACGUUCACCGUCGAGCAGUUGGAGGAAUUAGAGCGGGCAUUUCGCAAGACGCACUAUCCGGAUGUUUUCACAAGGGAGGACUUGGCAGUGCGAGUCGAUUUAACGGAGGCACGGGUUCAGGUGUGGUUUCAGAAUAGACGAGCCAAAUGGAGAAAGCGAGAGAAGCAGGGGAUCCAUCCUGCAUCCACAUCAUGCGGGUAUAAUCACGGACUGCCUUAUAGCGGGCCACCACUCCACACCCCGACCGUACAUCCCUUCGCCCAGCCCCGUCUAGAUUUACGAGGCGUCGCGGUGCCCCUCUCACCACCGGAGCAGUCUAGCUUUGGAGUGGCGGCUGCCAUACUCUCCCGUUUACCAGCUUCUUCGCCUUUCACGUCGCUGUACUACCCACUACUCCAACCUGGUUUCACGCCCUACCGUCCGUUCGUUUCUCCAUCAUUUGCCCAACCCCAACAAUUCUCGCCGUGGUGCCCAGCUACGACUUUGGUACCGCAAAAGAAGCCCGAAGAGAGAAAAGUAUCCAGUUGUAGUAUUCCAACAACAAGUGAUAAUGACAUUGAGGAACAACCGUCGGAUGCACUAACAGACAGAAGCUCGUACAGCAUUGCGUCAUUGCGUCUGAAAGCGCGCAAGCAUCAAGCAAGCAUGGGAGAAGGAGUGUUGUCUCGAUGUGACGUCACCUGCUAAAAACCAUUGAUAUCUAUUAUAUUAUUUAGAGAUCAAUGCUAAAAACAAUGACAUUCGAAAACAGCCGUCGGAUGCACUAACAGCACUACAUCGGAUGCACUACAUCAUUGCGUCUUUGCGUCUGAAAGCGCGCAAGCAUCAAGCAAGCAUGGGAGAAGGUUUCAAGGUGCCGUGGUGUGACGUCACCUGCUUAUAGAUGGAGUGCACAUGACGUCAUCUUUCAUAAAAAAACAAAAUACUUUUAUCUUGUUUGUUUUUCUUUCAUUCAAAGCAACGUAACCAAAGUGAAGCUGGAAGGGGAGGUAGUCUGGUUCCUUGUUAUAAAUUGAGAAUUGAAACUACUGUACAUGCCAUUGUGUAUACAGUGAAUCUGACCCCCAAAAAGCUGAUGUGUGAUGGCACAAGGUCCGUAGCCGAAGCAUUUCGGCGUGAGUGAACACACCAUAUUUGGAGUGAGGUUUACUAUUUCUAUUUUUGCAUUGGGGGAUAAAGAAGAA